AUGCGCACUACCGUUGAGGACAGUACCGGCAGCACGGAAGCGACCGCUGCCACCGUCGGCGUCGCGGUGCAUCACCAUCAUCAGCAUCAGCAGCAUCGCGGUACUACCGACGUCGCCGCCGUCGCCGCCGUCCGACACCUGGGCGUCGAGCAGCAGGAGCGAUCGGCGGCGGCGCCGAUCCAUCUGGCCACCGCCACGCCGUAUCAUCAGCUCACCAUCGCCGCGGACACCAAUAACAACCACGAUCAUCAUCGGAAUCUCGAGCAUCACGCGGUCCAACGACACGAUCAUUGGAAUAAGUGGCAACUGCAUUCGCCGAACGGCGAUAGCGACAACAGCAACGGUAGCCAGCGUGCGGUGGCUGUUACUCGUAGCGAGGUAGAACAACAGCAGCAGCAGCAACAACAGCAGCAACAGCAGCAGCAGCAGCAACAACAGCAGCAGCAGCAGCAACUACAUCGCCCACGACAACAGCAACGUCAAGCGACUGCUACCGUUCCGGUUCUCGCUUGCACUAAUCAAUCGUCCAUCACCACGACUACGACCGCCCUCACAGUGGCAUCAAGCAUGCUACUUUUGCAGACACAGAGUCCCUUUGGUAAUUUCGGGGAGUUCCUGAAUAGCUCAUAUCCAGACGCUGCGGAUGCUGGAAGCUUACCCGAGGAGUUGGAUCCCUUUCCGGAACUGCAACUCGGGAAUCCGCAAGGCGUGCCUCCGGUCGACAACUCUGUUCCGUCUCAACAAAGUGUACACCAUCAGCAGCCAUCACAACCGCCACCACCACCUCCACCUCUCCCCGAAGAUAUCCAAGCUGAUUCUCUUAGUCCUACGCCGUUACCGAGCUUCCAGGAGACAUACACGCAACGAUAUACCAGGCAGGAACUCCAAAGUCUUGGUCUUAAGAUGGACGAAUGCUACGACACUCCGGUAUAUUGCACCACUACUCAUUAUCCUGAGUUCUCGGCCGCGGUGCCCUAUGAGCAGCAACCACAACAGCAGCAUCCUCAUCAUCAUCCGCAGCAUCAUCAGCAAGCCCCGCAUCAUCAUCAAAGUUACUUCCCCACGGAAUCGGCGCCCACCCCGGCAACGACGGUUGUACCCUCCAAUCAUCGGCAGGAUCCAUCCUACGGAGUGACUGUCGCCAUGCCUAUAGUUUACGGAGCACCAUCAGUUAUCGCUGUCGCCACUCCCGUAGUUCCUACCGAUCUCUGUCCCACUGUUGUCACCAGCGUCGAUUCCAGCGUCAUUGGUACUACUCGGCCGCGAAGGGCGUCAUUGCCCACACAGAGAUCAGAAUCAGCAAGUAGUGGGAGCACGGAUUCCCCAAAGCCGCGCGGCGGCGGCGGUACCGCGAGUUCCACUGUCAGUUCACCAUCGCCCGGAAGCGGUACCAGUGGCGAACGCGCACCUCCGAGUCCGAGCCAGCUCUGCGCUGUAUGCGGUGAUACCGCGGCCUGUCAGCACUAUGGUGUACGCACAUGCGAGGGCUGCAAGGGUUUCUUCAAGAGAACUGUGCAAAAGGGCUCCAAAUAUGUGUGCUUGGCCGAGAAGGCUUGCCCAGUAGACAAACGCCGGCGAAAUCGUUGCCAGUUCUGCCGAUUCCAGAAGUGCCUGAUGGUUGGCAUGGUCAAAGAGGUCGUUAGAACAGAUUCUCUGAAGGGCCGUCGAGGCAGGUUGCCCUCAAAGCCCAAGUCACCGCAAGAAUCCCCACCGAGUCCACCGAUCUCUUUGAUUACCGCUCUGGUUCGCGCCCAUCUUGACACAACGCCGGACAAGGCAAGUUUGGAUUACUCACAGUACCGACAACCUAGACCGGGUGAUCCACCAAUAACCGAGGCCGAGAAGAUUCAACAGUUCUACAAUUUAUUGACAACCUCGAUCGAUGUUAUCCGAAAUUUCGCCGACAAAAUCCCCGGAUUCACGGAUCUAGUGCGGGAAGAUCAGGAAUUGCUCUUCCAAUCGGCCAGUCUAGAACUGUUUGUGCUCAGGCUGGCGUACCGCACGCACCCGGACGACACGAAGCUGGUCUUCUGCAACGGCGUUGUCCUCGCGUUGGAGCAGUGUCAGCGUAGCUUCGGCGAUUGGCUGCACAGCAUACUUGACUUUUGCAAAGCCCUCCACUUCCUGGAGGUCGAUAUCAGCGCCUUCGCCUGUCUGUGCGCUCUCACCCUGGUUACUGAGAGGUACGGAUUGAAAGAACCGCAGCGCAUGGAACAGCUGCAGAUGAAAAUUGUCUCGUCCUUGCGCGACCACGUGACCUAUAAUGCCGAGGCGCAGAGGAAGUCGCAGUACCUGUCGUACCUACUGGGGAAGAUACCGGAGCUGAGAAGUCUCUCGGUCCAAGGCCUCCAGCGGAUCUUUUACCUCAAGUUGGAGGACUUGGUGCCGGCGCCACCCCUGAUCGAGACGAUGUUUGUUGGUAGCCUGCCCUUCUAAACCAAGCAGCCUCGCCAGCACAUAGAGCAAUUAU